AUGCAGGGUGCUACUCAAAUCACUCAAACCACUACCGACCAGCUUCCUGGUCAGCCAGGUGACCCAGUUGAAGCUUUCGCCGCCAUGACAUUGGAAAACUCGAACACCCCCGAGCAUCAUGCAAUCCUUGCUGAAGCUGUCGAGGACGCCCCAGCUCCUCCUCACCAGAUCGUCGCUCCGACCAACCCCGAAGCGACUCCAAAGUCCCAUGGCCCCAAGACCGCCACCGAGGAGUUCGUCGCGAUGAAGUACAACCUCCAGGGUGUCAUUCUGAGCAUGGAGCGUAUCGGUAUUGCUCUGGUCGAGGCCAACCAGCUGUCUGCCCAAGAGGCUUCUGUUGAGUCGAUCAAGCAGUCAAUCAACGACCUCCUGCACACCGACAAAGAUCUUCCUGCCCGAAAUCCUUUCCGGGCGAGAGCUCCCAAGACCGGUGGCCGCAAGUUUCCUCGCCCCUAUCCUUUUCGCAAGACCUGGAGCAACAAGCUUCUCGAGCCUUUCAACCUGACGCCGCUCGAGUCUUUCGAUAAGGUUGAACUCAAGGAAGGCACUUUGAAGUGCAUGGAGGCCGACGGACUUUCCAUCGAACCCCCGGGCUACGUCGCGAAGAACAUCAUCAGCCCUCUCGUCAAUGUAGGCAACGAUGCGACGCUCCAGCUGCGAGGCAACAAGUUGCAAAACUUUGUAUUCUACGCGAUCGUGGAUGUGCUCGAUGGCGCGUCGCCAGAGGCGCAAAUCGUGAUCUUGGUCAACCGUGUCUCAGUUCGAAGCUCCCAGAUGCUCGCAGAGUCGCUCAAGGCGCACCUUGACCACGCAGAGCUGAAGGUUGAUCUGCAUGUUGUGCCUGAGGACAAGACCUUGGAUCUUGCCCCACUUACCAAGAGCACCCCUAACAAACCUACCGUUUUCGUGAGCGCUCCCUCAACUUUUACACGAAUGAAGGAUGCCGGUGUGAUCCUCCCCAAGAACGUCCAAAUUCUGGCGGUUUACGAAGCUGAGUACGUCCUUCAAACCAACUCCAACAUCGAGAUGAUCAAGACAGCACUGGCGGACUUCGAUGUCUGCCAGGUGAUACUCGCCUGCCAGCACGGCACGACGGACGUGAUUAAGGCCGAGGAGCAGUUCAACUUUACCGAUGAGAGGAUUACCUUCAGCGAGGACAAUGCCAACCUCCACCUGUCUCAUCACAAGUACUUUGUUGGAAACGGCAAGACUGAUGAGUACUUGAAGCACGCGGUCGGACUCGGCAAGACGCAGACGGUUGUUGUCGUCUGCCAUGACGGACAGGACGCGGCCAAGAUGAGAGAACAACUGAAGGAUGAUGUCGAGCUUCUCGUCACGUCCCGCGCUUCUGAUGCCAAGGCUGAAACUGGCGGGGUGGUUGGUGGACUGUUUGUGACCUCCCUCUCUUCGGCCCAAGUCCUUGAGAGCACUCCUCACACUCCUGUUCGAUGGAUCCUGAACCUCGCUGGCACUACCCUGACGAUUGAUGGCUACUUGCGAAUGCUGGGCACAUACAUGGACAUUGGUGAGGAGUGCACGGUUCUCUCCAAGGUCGGAUCUCCCAGCACCCUGAAGGAGUUGGAGGAGUUUGGCGUUGAGUUUGAGGAGUCAUACCAGCGAGCUGGGCAGUCGAUCUCCGACAACCAGUUGGAACAGCUCCAGGGCCAACUGGACACAUUCAGAUCGAACCUUGAGAACUUUGCACGGAACCAUCGCAAGGAUAUCCAGAAGGACCCCGUCUUUCGUAUGCACUUUCAAAAGAUGUGCGGCAACAUUGGAGUCGACCCUUUGGCCUCGAGCAAGGGUGUGUGGGGUGAGCUGUUGGGCGUUGGAGACUUUUAUUACGAACUCGGGAUCCAAAUCAUCGACGUCUGUCUAUCCACACGAGCCCUAAACGGCGGCCUCAUGGAGCUCUCAGAAGUCCAACGACGCGUAGAACGGAUGCGUGGAGUUCGGGAUCCCACCAGCGCAACCAACAAGCCCUUACCCAACAUCCCCUACAACAGCAACAGCCAUAUCAACAACCUUGCCAACAAAUGGGCGACCAUGACGAAUAAGGAUAGUAAUGGGAUGGAAGUGACGGAGGAUGAUGUGUUGAGGUCGAUAAAGACUUUGGCGCCCUUGGGGAGUGGGUUCCAGGUGUUGCAGAUUGGGGAAAAGAAGAUGGUUAGUUCUGUGCCGAGGGAACUUAACAGGGACCAGUCUAUUGUCUUGGGGCUCGUACAGAAAACAAACGGCCAUGUCAAUAUCAAUGUGGUGGGCGAACGACUUGGCUGGGAAAGUGGUCGUGCCAAGACUGCGCUGGAUACACUACUGAACGACAGCUUGAUGUGGAUAGACCAGCAGGCUGAACCACACGAGUACUGGGUUCCUGGAUUCUUUGAACCCGAAGACGACGAUAUCUACGCAUCAACAGCCACCGGCGCAUAA